AUGCACUAUAAAAGACAGCCCAGCUCAUCCCUCCCUCAUCCACCACUCUUGCCUUCUCUUUGGAACCAGGUGCAACUUCAGCUCCAAGACAUGUCCUGCUGUGACCAGUGCCAGCCAUGCCAGCCCUGUGGCCCAACACCUCUGGCCAGCAGCUGCAAUGAGCCCUGUGUCAGACAGUGCCAGCCCUCCACCAUUGUCAUCCAGCCCUCUCCUGUGGUGGUGACCCUGCCCGGACCCAUCCUCAGCUCCUUCCCACAGAACACCGCUGUGGGAUCCUCCACCUCUGCUGCUGUUGGCAGCAUCCUCAGCUGUGAGGGAGUUCCCAUCUCCUCAGGGGGCCUUGACCUCUCCUGCAUUUCCAACCGCUACUGUGGCAGAAGAUGCCCCUGCUAAAGGUGCCAGACACUGACCCAGACAAGGACACCCAGGAAAUCAGAUUGUGGCACUGGAUAGAAGAAGGAGCGUGCUGCUGUUUUUGCCCUGCAAGACAGACACAUACAAGACAGCCUGGCUUCAUGGACAGGAUGGAGAAAGUCUACUGAUACUCUCUUUCAGUCUCUCUUCCUAUCUGAUAGCUUUGCUGUUUUUCCCCUCUCAGAUCCCUGUUAUUACCCCUCAAAACCAGACUUCAGUGACCUGCCUGCUUCUCUUUAUCUCUUGGCCAAUAAGUGUUGGCCCUGUGGCAACACUGCCAUAGGAAAGGGGAACAGAUUCUUGCCUGUUCCUGCUCUCCCCACACUUGUUGUAUGUACUUGGAGUGACAUCCUUUCUGUCUUCAGACUCAUUAAACAUUUGCUGCAUUC